AUGCAAGAUAACAAAAUUUACUUUACACCUGAAUCAGCCAUUAUUUUACAAGAAUUAAAAGUCAAAAAAUAAUUGAAACCUAGAUAAUUAUCUUAAGAUAAUCCUAAUAUUAAUUUAAAACCUAUUAAAAUACCAUAAAGAAGCAGACAAAUUUCAUUAACGAAAGAAUUAGAUUAUUAUGUAAAACAAUCAAUGUAAACAAAAAUCAAAGAAAAAUAAAAAAAAUUAAAUCAAGAACUUGAAUGUUUUAAAUAUUAAUAUAAAGAUAUCUUAUAAGAUAAUCCUUAUGUAAAUACUAAACUCAAACAAAAUUUUUUUAAUAUGAAAUUUUCAGAUGAAUAGAGAGAGACUUAUGCAAUUAGAUUAGGACGACUUGCAAUCAAACAUAAUCAACAAAUUAAAUAAAUGUAAAAAAUAGUAGAUGAUAUUCAUGUAUGUAUGAUAGAGUAAUUCUAAUUUAGAAAAAAUAUGAAGCUUAAAAUGAACAAUUAAACUCAUAUAUACCAAAAACUAUAGAGACUUAAAUUACAGAAAGUGAUUCUUAUAUUAAAAGUGGGAAAAUAUAUAAUCAUGAUAUAUUGGCAAAAUAUUAAUAAAUUAAAUACUAGCAUUUUUGGAACAAAAUACCUAAAACACUAGCACAUUGA